AUGCUUCUCCAGCUUCUCCCCCGCGUGCUCGCUACAGCCGCCAUCCUCACCACCUCCGUUCGUGCCUCCCCCUUCCACAGUCUCGACACUCGCGGCUCAUUCAGUCUCGAUGCUCGAGACCUAUAUGUCCCAUCAACAACCUGCUCUCCCCUCGUCUACGGAGCAACAGCCGUAGUAAUGGGCAAUGUCUGCGUCGGCGUCUCCGGUGACAGCCUAACAAUCAUCUACACCGUAAACCCAGGCUGGACUAUCGAUGUCGUUCAUGCUUUGAUCACCACAUCCAUACCAACUGCAGCACAAGAUAUCCCUGGCCAGUUUCCAUACUCAAGUGAUAAAGGCUCUCCGCCAGUUUGCGUUAUUUCUGCAGACAAAACGACAAGUACUUGUACUAUACCGGUGCAAAGUGCAUGGCGAUGCGUUUGCAAGUUGGAGAUUGAUUAUUUCCCUGUCACGAGUACUUCUACAUCGGUCACUACGAUCACGACUUCAUCUACUAGCACGUAUCUGACGUCGACGACGGUAACAUACGAAACCAGUUCCACCAGUACAUACACAACCUCUACCACCGUUACCUAUCUCACGAGCACCACAAGCGAAUACUCUGCCAUAGGAUCCUCCACCUCAACCACAACAUCCACUUCUUUAAUCCCAACUACCAUCAGCUACGCUCCUACUACCACCACCAUCUCGUGCACCAACCCUGCAGUUAGUGUCAUUUACACGACUACGGUUGUUUAUGUUUAG